UGUGCCCUCCUCGGCCCUGUCAGUCACGCAGCGCUUCCCUCCACACUCUUCUCUGCUCACUCUCGGAGCCAGGGCGCCUCCAGCUGAGAUGCUGCUGCCCCUGCUGCUGCUGUGGGUGGGGCAUUGGGCGCAGGGAGCCGGGCAGAGGGAGCCUCGAAGACCUGUUGCGCCUUUACCCAGAAGGUGCCCAGUUAAGAGCAGGAACCACAAGCUGGAGGUGCCGGAGUCGGUGACCGUGCAGGAGGGUCAGUGUGUGCUUGUGCCCUGCACAUUCCCAUACCCUGGUGUGUACUCCUGGACUCGGCCUGUCUCUGGCUACUGGUUCCAAGAAGGGGCCGAUACAAGUAAGGACUCCCCGGUGGCCACAAACGAUGGACAGCGACAGGUGCAGAAGCAGACUCGGGCCCGGUUCCGCCUCCUCCUGGACCCACAGACCAGGAACUGCUCCCUGUACAUCACAGACGCUCGGAGAGGUGACAGUGGUGCAUAUUUCUUUCGGGUGGAAACAGGAACUGAACUAUGGAAUUAUUGUGCAUAUCCCGUCUCUGUGAACGUGACAGCCCUGACCCACACCCCUGACAUCCUCAUCCUGGGGACCCUGGAGUCUGGUCAUCCCAGCAACCUCACCUGCUCUGUGCCCUGGGCCUGUGCGCGGGGGACGCCCCCCAUCUUCUCCUGGAUGUCAGAGGCCCUCACUGCCCUCAGCUCCCUGGGCCCCAGGGCCCCCCACUCCUCUGUGCUCACCCUCAGCCCCCGGCCCCAGGACGACGGUACCAACCUCACCUGUCAGGUGUUGUUCCCUGGAGCUGGUGUGACCGUGAAGAGGACCGUCCAGCUCAACGUGACGGGGAAUCACAGGACCAAAGCAACUGCAGGAGUGGUCGAGGGGGCCAUCGGGGGAGCUGGUGUCACCGCCCUGCUCGCUGUCUGUCUCUGCGCCGCCUUCUUCAUAGUGAAGACCCUCAGGAAGAAAGCAUCCAGGUCUGCAGAGCACACAAGUGACGUCGAACCUGCCCCUGGGCCCACCUCGCCGGGUCACCCGCCAGAGUCCCAGCUGCGAGGCUCAGGCUCGGCUGAGCCCUGGGGUUCCAGCCCAGAGGAGGGGCAGGAGCUGCACUACGCCUCCCUCAGCUUCCAUCCUCGGACCAAUCCCUCGGCGACGACGCAGGUCAGGAUCCAGUGACCGCGAGGGAGGAUUCGGCGCCAGGGGAGCUGGGUCCGCAGCAGCAAGUUUCCUGCGGCGCGGAAGCCAUCUCAGACUCUGCCAUCCGAGAGAGCUGGGACCGAAUCUGGGCUCUUGUGCUUCCUAAGAAGAGCCAGGUCGCCCCAGAGCGUCUGUUUCCUGCUCUGUGAGUGGGUGCUGUGAGAGGAUUAAAUGAACAGCAGGAGGAAGGCCCCUGCCGAAGCCCUAGUGUGUACCGAGAGCGCCUGCGUCCUCGCCUUCGGCCAUUCAGCCCAGAGGCCAGGCUGCCCCGUCCAGCAAACGGUCCACAUGGGGAAGCCCUUCCUGUCUUGACUUCCCCUCCGGAGUCAUCUGUCUCCCCUGCUCCGGUCCGCCCUUCUCCCCUCCCCUCCAACUUUCCACCCCUUUAUGUCCUGCUGCUGCAGGCACGGUCACCUUAGCAUCUGACAUUGCCUCAGACUCAGAGAUGACCAUAGUCGGAAUACAUGGCUGGCUCCCCCAUUUGAAGAGAACAAUUGAUAAGAUUUUCAUCAUGGCCUUCUAGGUCAGAGAUUAAAAAUCGUUUUGUGA